AUGUCACGCUAUACAACAAUGGAAUAUCCCAACCUAGCCAAUGGUGUAAGGAACGUUGGCCAAGACGGCGUGGUACCAGCUCACGUUCCUGGUCCUGAGCAUGUUGUCGUUAUGUUAAAUGCUGAUACCAUUGAAUGUAUACCACUGCUCGGAAAGCCACAAGCGCAGCUGCUACGUCGACAACCUUACGAUGAGCAUUGUCUCGUCGCAUUGCAUCGCCUUUUUCGUUGA